UAUUUGUUUUUACAGAAAAUAUUUUAAAAUUAUUCGCUAACUUUCGAUCAAGUAAUUCAAUUCAAGAUGCGGGGUGCUCUGGUUGUUUUGGCGAUUCUUUUUGCUAUGUACGGAGGUGCCGUGGCUCAAGACUCAACCUUAGAGAUUAACAUUCCGGCUGGCUUUGAUCUCGCGACAUUGCUGGCUCUGAUUAACGCAGGAAGUAAUGGAACUGUGGAAGUCGCUGAUCCUGAUGAAUGUGAGAUAGCCACAUCAUGUCCGGAAAACAGUAAAUGCAACAACACAGUAGGCUCAUUCUUCUGCACCUGUCUUGAUGGUUACAAAUUUAACGAAAACGAAACUAUGUGUAACGAUAUUGACGAAUGCAUGGAAAACGUUUGUGUCGGCAUUACUGAUUCAAAUUGCAGCAAUACAGACGGUAGUUAUUCGUGCGAUUGUGCUACUGGGUAUCACAUUAAUACAGAAAUGGAUGCAUGUGUUGAUAUUAAUGAAUGUUCUGAUACAAGCGCAUGUGACUCUACUUCAUCUGAUUGCGAGAACAGUGAAGGUUCUUACCAAUGCAAUUGUAAAACUGGUUAUCAAAAGAACACAGAUGGAGCGUGCGAAAAUAUUGAUGAAUGUGCCGAUUCUGCGGCAUGUGGUGAAAACGAGGACUGCACUGAUAAUCCUGGAUCAUUCACUUGUGCUUGUAAACCAGGAUUUCAUAAGAUUGAGGAUUCCGAUACUUGCACAGAUGUCGACGAAUGCGAAAGCAAUGUUUGUGUCGAAAUCACAGGAUCUGAAUGUGUUAACAACCCGGGCAGUUAUGAUUGCGAAUGCACCACAACGGGAUAUUCUAUUGUGACCGCUGACGACGAGACACAAUCAUGUCAAGACAUUGAUGAAUGUGACGUCACUAACAUCCAGCACAAUUGUAGUGCAAAUGAAGUUUGUGAAAAUACUGAUGGUGGGUUUCUGUGCAAAUGUGCCGCAGGAUACACCGGCGAUCCUAGCACAGAUUCGUGUACAGAUUUCGACGAGUGUGCAAGUGAUCCAUGUGAUGCCAACGCAAACUGCAGGAACCAAAUAGGAAGUCAUGAUUGUUUUUGUGAAACCGGAUUUUUUGGGUCAGGAGAGACAGGCGACUGCUCAGAGGUGGUUUCUUGUGCAACCCAUACUAAGUUGAAGGCAAAUAUUAACACUAUCUUGACAGCAAUAUCAGGAGAUGAUAUCAGUGCAGCAGAACAAUUUUUGAACAAUUUCGUAUCAGCAUCUGGUAAAGCAACCGGAUCACCUGGAGAUAGCGUAAGAGCAAAAUAUGAUGAUCUACCUACUUCAGUCAUUAACGUUAUCGAUCAGCUUCGAUGCGACUAUUUUUCUGAUUGUAGCGAAGCUGGUGAACCAAUUAUAUAUACUUGCACCUGUAUCACAGGAUAUAUCGCAGUGGGUGACUCAACAACCCAAUGCGAAGAUGUCGAUGAAUGUGCUGGUGGUGGACCUUGUGGUGCCAUGGCAACUUGUGGAAAUAACGAAGGCUCUUACACCUGUACUUGUCCCGCGGGAUAUCAAUUGUCAGAUGCUGCAGAUAUUGCUAGCGACUGUACAGAUAUUGAUGAAUGCAAUGAUGCUGAUAAUCUACAUAACUGUCACGAAUUUGCAAAUUGUGCAAAUAUUCCUGGAUCUUUCACAUGCACUUGCCAAAAUACGUACAUGGGUGACGGCGUUGAUUCUUGCAUAUCUGCUGUUACCUGCGAAGUAUUUAAUCAAUUAAGAAGUGAUCUAGAAACAGUUCGCAUAGCCGAUGGUGACAUUUCAGAAGCUCAAAAGCGCUUGCAAGAAUAUAGUGACGCAACUGGCUUAUCGUUUGGGGGCUCAUCUUCAUCUUACAAAGCAAAAUAUUUUCCUGGUACAGCCGUUAUACCAGUUUUGCAACAGGCAGUUGCAAGCGAGCUCAGAUGCGAUUAUUUUUCGGAGUGUUCCACAACGCUUUCCGAAGGAGGUUUGGAUGUAGCGUAUCAGUGUACAUGCCAUGAAGGAUAUGUCCCAGUAUCGGGAAGUUCUGUCCAAUGUGUUGAUAACGACGAAUGUGUAACAUUAGAUCCUGCAUGUGGGGACACAGGAGAUUGCGUAAACAAUCAAGGAAGUUACAUUUGUGAUUGUAAUUCUGGAUAUAAUGGUGGAAUAGGGGGUCCAUGCGAUGACAUCAAUGAAUGUACGGAGGGAGUACAUUCUUGUGGUACCACUGGAACUUGUACUAAUGAAAUAGGGGAUUACAUCUGCUCGUGUUCCGAGGGUUUUGAACUACCAACCGAUGGAUCAAAGGCUUGUAUAAAUACGAACGAAUGUGAGUCUACAACCAGUCCUCACAACUGCCACGCAACAUUGGGAAUAUGCGAUGAUAGCGUGGGAUCUUUCACAUGUAAAUGUAAGGACGGAUAUUUUGGAACUGGAAUAAUUUGUGAUGAUAUUGAUGAAUGUGCAGAGGGUGGGAAUAAUAAUUGCGACGUAACUAAUGGAAAAUGUAGUAACAACGCUGGAAGUUUUACUUGUUCUUGUAAAUCUGGUUAUUAUGGAACUGGAUAUGAUAAUGAUUGCCUGGAUGUAUUGUCGUGUUCUACUUUUGAUUUAUGGAAACAAACAAUUGAUAACUAUAGAAGUGGCAGCACUAGCCAAGACGACUUAGAUUUUGUCAAUGAGUACAGUGCUGCCGAUGGUAAAGCUCCCGGAGUAUCCAGUGCUUCUUACAAAGCGAAAUAUCAUUCGGAUGGAACUGAACCCGAUUCUGCAAUUGCUACUCUCAUCGAACAAGGAAGAUGUGAUUAUUUUUCUUCCUGUACUGAGGAAGAUAAUGAUGGGAUGAUAUCAUACAGUUGCACCUGUGAAGCCGGCUAUGUUGAUCAUGACACAAACCCAAAUCAGUGUGUGGACGAAGACGAAUGUACAUCGGAAACUGAUAAUUGUGCUGAUGAAGUAAAGGCUACAUGCACAAAUAAUCAGGGCAGUUUUGCGUGCGCCUGCAAGCCAGGAUAUGAUGGAAAUGGCAUGACUUGUGAAGAUAUUAAUGAGUGCGACCAGGAAACAGACACUUGCGAUACUCACGCAUCAUGCACAAAUACUGAAGGAUCCCACGAAUGUGCUUGCAAUAACCAAUAUAUGGGGAGUGGACAAACUGGCGAUUGCACAAAUGUUUUGACAUGUGACACGUUCGAGGCACUCAAAAGUGCGAUCGAGACUAUUCGAUCUGUGUCGGCAAGUGAAGAAGAUAAAACAGCGGCAAGAUUGACUUUACAAAAUUACGAAGAUGCUUCUGGGCGACCAAUUGGUGUUACGCAAUCUGCGUACCGAGCAAGAUACGAUACAAUAGAUGGUGAUGUCGAAGAUGUUUUGAAUUUACUACGAUGUGACUUCUUUUCUACAUGUUUUUACGAUGAUGUGGCCUAUACAUGCACGUGUAUAACUGGAUACCAAGAUGGGACCGAUGCGAAUAGCUGCACAGAUGUCGAUGAAUGUGCAGAAGGAGUAGAAAACGAUUGUCAUGCAAACGCUGAUUGUGCAAAUACGGAGGGCUCUUAUACUUGUACAUGCAAGGAUGGGUUCUUUGGAAACGGCACUACAUGCUCAGAUCAUGAUGAGUGUGUAGGAGAGGGUGAUGGACAUGAUUGCGACACGAAUGCCCGUUGUGAUAAUAUUGAAGGAGGGCAUACUUGCACUUGCAAUGAAGGAUACUUUGGAGAAGGACAUGAGGGGUUGUGUGAAGAUGUUACAACAUGUGAUGCGUUUGCCAAGGUUAAAGGCGCAAUCAAAACGGUUGGAAGUUCAACGGCAACAGAUGAAGAGAAAACUGCAGCAAGAAAGAUAUUGCAAGAAUAUGCCGCAGCUACAGGCAAGCCUGUCGGUGUCUCAGCGGAUUCUUACAAUCUUGAACAUGAUGGUGCUACCAUCGAUUCCGAUAUUGUAUCGGUUAUCAGCCUUCUGCGAUGCGAUUUCUAUUCUACGUGCAGCAACGCUGAAGAUGGCGCAUUCAUUUGUACAUGUGAAGCAGAAUUUAUAGCAGGAAAUGAUCCAAACACAUGCUUCCAUGUGAGUUCCUGUCCCGCAUUUGCGAGAGUUCGUACCGCCAUUGAUUAUUUAUUAACCAAUCCUAGUGGAGAGCAAGCAACAGAAAAUGAAGAAAUUUUGACAUCUUUCAAAGCAAACACUGGACACGACGCAGCGGCCGAUCAAACUGCUUUUACAGCAAGAUACGGAGAAGAUCCCAGUGAGAUUGUCAAGACCACGGUUCCUGUUCUUCGAUGCGACUUUUUCUCGACAUGUUCUUAUGAUGGAACCUACAGCUGCACAUGUAUAAAUGGUUAUGAAGACGCUACAGAAACCAACUCCUGCCAGGAUGUUAACGAAUGUUCAACAAACAAUGGUGGAUGUCACGCAGAUGCAAUUUGCACAAAUAAUGAAGGCUCUUUCGCUUGUGCUUGCAAGAGUGGAUACACAGGAGAUGGUCAAACGUGUAACGAUACAACACAAUGUACAAGUGUAGAUAGCACGCUUUGUGGACUACACGCCACAUGUGAAGAUACGCCUGGUUCCUAUAGUUGUACAUGUGAUAGUGGAUUCUUAGGAGACGGAGCAGUAUGUAUGGAAACCAAGUUGUGCUUGUUUACCGAAGACACAAUUACCGUUUGUGAUUCUUCAAGUCAUCCCCUAUCUUGCCAGUUCGAACAAGAUUUUGAAAGCACGGCUCAAAGCACCUACAAUGCUUAUAUGGGUUUCUUUAAAGUACCACUCGAAUUGGUCACUGCAGCGGCCUCUACGAGGGCUGCAACUACUUUUACUGCUACCACAGUUAGCGGCGCUGGUUCUUCGAUUUGCGCCAAAACUUCAACAUAUUCCAGUAUCAAUAAAGCAUUCACAGAUUCUGCAAUGACAAUGGAAGUUGAACUAUUCAGUUUUGACUGUCAUCGACAAUGGUUUACCACCACAGAAUGCUCCACAACACCAACUGGCGUUCCUAUUGCAUGCAACACUGAAUAUUCUCCAACUCUCGCUUUGACCAUUGUCAAAGAUGCGACCACAGGCAAAUACGAUGUGAAACCACAAACUGUCUUCAUUGCAUCUGGAUGCCAAGCCAGCUUUGUUCUACCAGUUUCCUAAUUUCAUUCAAUAUUAAGUUUUGGAUAACUUGGACGUGCCUUCAAGUCAACUUGGUCUAGUAAUGCAAUCAAAAUUAAAAUUGAAUUGCUGAAAAUUGGUUCGAUAUAAAAAAUAAACAAAUCAAAAAAUAUGAUAUGACUUAUUGUAAGCUGUAGAGAUUUUUAGAGGAAUGUCUAAUUAAAAAAUUCGUUCAUUCAUUCCUAACCAAUACGAUAUAUAUUAUCAUUUCAUCGCCAUUUAUUGCUCCAUACCGCCAUUUAUUGCUCCAUACCGUAAGUUCCAAAUAAAAACAGAUAGUGUAUAUAGUAACAAAAGAAUAGUUUCUAAAAUACUCUUUUACCCAGCAUAUGCAGAUAUAUCCUCUGGUGGAAUGAUCAUACUGCCUAUCAAACGAUAAAUAGUGGCAAAAGAGGAAAUUAUAACUGUUCAUUCGUCUAAUUACCCAUGAUGAAAUUAUUCUUGAAAUAGCAACAUAUUAUUUUAGUCACAGUUAAUCUCGUGAGUUACGUUUUCUAUUGGACUAUUGUUUAUUGAUUUAACAUAAGAUAUUGUCUAAUUGGCGUUGAUAAAGAUUUCCUGUGUCCAUCCGCACGGCCGUGGGCUAAUGGCCAUUUCGAAACGAUUCUCUAUAAUUCUUUAUUAUACUCAUAAACGAAGCUAAUUAUCACUUGUACAAAAUGGGUCUAGAAUAAUAAUGGCCAUUUCGAAACGAUUACCGAACGCCAACGAUUCUCUAUUAUACUAAUAAACGAAGCUAAUUAUCACUUGUACAAAAUGGGUCUAGAAUAAUCUACUAACAAAUCUGCACUAUCAUUUUCAUGCACUGCAUUUCUACACAGACAAACGUAAAUAAAGUAUAACUUAGAAACUUUG